AUGUCGAGUUCGGAUCUCGGGAAGGCGAUACCCGAACCCGUAGGCCCGGAUCGGAACCCUACCUUCGGGACACGGGGUCCCGAAUCCGAUCGGGAGGCUUUGACGCGUCCAUCACCGGUGAUCACUCCCGAAGACAUUACGAAUCAGAAAUUACACGUUCACGUUAGCGGGCCGAGGAUGCCGAGAAUCACAAACACCCAGGAUCCGAUGGCGAUCACUAACAUCCAAGAGAUGUCGUUGGAGGGGCAGCAAGAAGGGACCGAAGGUCAACCGUAUACGGUCAAAGUCAUGUCGCCUGGUGACCUAGGUGAGAGGAUUGAGACGGUGAAAUGGAAAUACCGCCAUUUUUUUUUAUAG